AUGUACACGGACCAAGACUCAGAAACCAUUCAUUUCCUGCUCUUGAUCAAGGUUAUCGCGCUGUUCAACGCAGAUCAACAUGACGAGGCAAACCUGCUCCUCAAAGAACUCACUACCGGUUGUCCGAAUGCCGAUACUCUCGCAUGUCGUGUCGUGCAAGCAUACCUAUGUGUUGAACUUGGACUCAAAGCCUUGGAUGGCGCGCGUCACGAUGAAGCCGCCGGCCAUUUCACUGCUGCUAUCAACUCCGGCGCUUUCUCAUCGAAAUUCAUUCAUGAGAUAUACGAGGACUUGGUCGUGGUGCCUCUUUGCUGGGACCUGGAGUCAUUGUGGCAAAAGGCACACCAGAAGCACUGUGAUGCACUCCUUCGGGCAGGUAAACUUCAAGAUGCCGUGAAAUCAUUCCGAUACAUGAUUCACAACAUCGACGACACAACGACGGGCAACUGGUUUGAAUGGUCCAACGGCAAGUUAGGACUUUCACGGAAAAAUGCAGCGCGCCCUUCUCUACCAGCGGAAAUGUUGCCCUCGCUGCAAGCAAUUGCGACAGGGCUAUCGACCUAUACCCGACGGCGAUCGACCUACCUUCUCCAUCCGAUGCUGUCUUUGCAAAUCGUUGUAAGGAAAAGUUGGGAAAAAGCUAUGGAUGGAAGCACUUCUCGAUGCGCAGAAGGUGCUAUGGCAUUCAUUGUUUCUUCACCUAUGCUCAUCCAUUUCAUGGCGCACAGCGUUAUGAUGAAGCUAUUGGCGGCUUUCCAAACGAUGCUCUCAAAAUUGGAUCGUACUUCCGACGCUGAGACACGAAAGUUGCGCGAGCAGUAUCUCGGUCCAUCCGAAGUGGACUGCGCUAUUCGAAAGAUCAUCGAUACUCAACUUGACAAUGCUCCGAUGCGUGUACUCGACACUACCACCGGACUCUUAUGCGAUCGAGAGGCGCAGAUACGCACCUUCAAAUCGAGCAUAGAGUACAAGGAGCUUGUAUCAUCAACAAUCACGCAUUCUGACUUCCGAACGAAGCGCAUCAAAGAAGUGGUGAUGACGUAUUUCCAAUAUGCCAUGUUAUCGCAUAGGUGGGAAGGCAAGGAACCGCUACUGCAGGAUAUUCAGGGCAAGGUCGUCUAUAAGCUGGAUCCGGUUGGCGGCAUCACAAAAUUGCAGUCCUUCUGCAAAACUGCUCGUGAUUUGGGCUAUCGCUGGGCAUGGAGUGAUACAUGCUGUAUUGACAAGAGCAACAAUGUUGAGCUCCAGAAUCGGUCAACUCCAUCUUCGUCAAAGUCUGGCGCACUGGCAAAUAGCGUUUGGAACACACGCGGAUGGACGGUUCAAGAAUUCCUCGCACCCAACAUCAUUCUAUUCUAUCAGAAAGAUUGGACUCUUUAUCUCGACGAUCGCACUCCCAACCACAAAGAUUCCGUCGCGAUCAUGCAAGAGUUGGAGUACGCGACAGGCAUAGAUCGGCGAGCCGUCAUGGCCUUCCGUCCUGGGAUGAGAGACAUCCGAGAGAAACUUCAGUGGGCGUCGACACGUAUUACCACGCUGCAAGAAGACAUCGCAUACUCAUUAUCCGGCGUCUUUGGCGUCCGCCUACGUGUUGAUUAUGGUGAGAAGAAGGCAGAACGCACUCGGGCGGCUCCUGCAGGAAAUCCUGUCUACCAGCCGACAUCACUUCAAUAUGAAGCUCCACCAUGCAAGCUGCCAUCUCUAUCCGAAGAUGAGAUUCAGUCAUCGGUCUCCUCGCUGCGAGGUAUUGUGGCUGUAGAAUCGGCUUCAAAAUUAUAUCAGACACUUGACUACCUGAGCGCUCCCCGUUUCGCGUACCGCCGGUUACAUCUGCCUUGCAUCGUAUUCCCAGUCACAGAAGCUAGGUGGAGGCGAGGUCGAGACCAGGAUACAUAUUCGUAUGAACUCAAAUCAGGCGGGCUUCACGACUUGCAAAUCACCACGGCAGACAAGUUGAUCCCAUUCUCGCCUGUAAGGCCGCCGCCCGCUUGGCAAACAAUCUUGCUUGUUCGUCCAUGGAGUCGCCGUCUCCUUGAGUUGCAUGACCCUGCAGACGAUACACGGAGAGCAGAAGAUCAGUCCGUACCCGAAUCUUCGUCGCACGAUUCACUCCCUGCACAAACUGAACCGAUUUAUUCGGAUUCUCACUCGCGAGCAUUGCGAUUGAUUGUUCGCCUUGGACAGCCUUUUAGUGCAUUUUUGUUAGCGCGGCAGCGCGACGGGGAAUUCAAGAGGAUCGCGUCGGAUCAUGAUAUCAUUGCACAGGUAAAAGACAUGACUUCUGUUGACGACAUGAUGGUCAUUAGGACACUAGAGAUACUGUAGUUGUAUGGAUUAUUCUAAAAUUUUCUGAGCGGUUUUCGUUUGUACCUUAACGAUACAAGUUAGUAGCAUACACAGAUAUAUACCAGCUGACUUGCAUAAAAGCGGACGUGAACUUGGG